AUGGGUCACCGACAGAGGAAGGACUUAGCUGCAAGUCGACGACGGGUUGAGGACGAGGGCGAUGAUGAAGGAGGACUCGAUGCCGGAGACUUGGACGACGACUCUAGUGAGGGGUCUAUCCUAAGUGAUGAGGAUGACGCACACGAAGGAGACGAGGUCAGCACAGUACGAGUAGCUCCUGCUGACUCCUCAGAGUUGCCGAAGAUCAAUGGAAAUGGCCAGAAAUUGCCAAAAGAUGGAAAGGGAAGCUCGAGUAACGGCAUUGCGGAGAGCUCAAAGAAACCGCUUACCAACGGCACCAGUGAUAUGGAUAUGAUGCUAAAUGGUCUCAAUAUAUCAGAUCACAACGGGCCCGCGGAAGGAGUGGAGUAUGAGGAUCUUCGAGAUGAUGAGGAGAUGCGAAUACCCUCUCCUGCUGUGGUCAACUCCAAUGCCCAAAUGGAUCGACCGCAGGAGCUUCCACACGAACGUCGACGACGGGAACAUGAGGAAUACAAGAAGAAGAGGGACGCGGAUCCAGCAUUUGUACCAAAUAGGGGAGCCUUCUUCAUGCAUGAUCACCGUCAUUCAGGGCCUGCUGCAAAUGGGUUCCGGCCCUUCGGAAGAGGCAGAGGGAGAGGUCGACCGGGUAUCGGGGGUCCAUUUGCGCCGUCUAACCAAAUGCAACAGCCUUUCGAACCUACUGAUGCACCUUGGACUCAUGAUAUGCACGAAGUCAUCAGCGAGCCCUCUCCUCGAAACCUUCAGCCGAGUUAUCACAGCAUGCCUUCACGCGUUCCAAUCAGUACCUCGAAGGCCGCGCCUCCGAAUCGAGCAUUGUCCGUGACAAAACAUAUUGGAAAUGUUCAGAUACGUGUAUAUCUGUCGGAUAUGGAGAAGCCUCACGUAUUCCCGGGAAUUGCGGUAAAGCAGUACACUCGUCUACCAGAUCAUCGUCCUCCACUUCGACGAGACAAACCAGUCCGAAUUUCCCUUCCCGAUCAUCCGCCGCGAUAUAUUUUUCCAGCCGUUGACAGGUCUUUCAUCUUCAUACCUCGUGCUAUGAGACCAAAUCAACAAGGCUUUGGUGGACGUGGAAGGGGAAGGUCGGCUAUGGGAUCUAUCGGUGGAUACUCAAGACGCACAAGCGUCUUUGGCGGUAGCAUGUUUGGAAGUGCAUACUCUCCAAGUGUUGCUAUGAGCCGUCGCUCCUCGCUGGCCCGGGAAGUCAACAGAGAUGGUUUGGCAUCGCCAACUGGUUCGACUGCAUCACGACAACAGAUGCCCAUGGAUCCGUCAAGACCGGUCCCUGUUGUCAAACUGCCACCAGCAAGCCAGUCAGUCCAACCUCAGCAUCUCCAGCCCACGAACGAUGCACCUCGAAAUGAUUCCCUGCAAGCAUCCACGUCUAUCGAUGAUCUAACCCGCCCACAAACAUACCCACUUCCCCAAAAGCCUACCUUCCGUGAAAAUCGACCAAAUCCUAUUCCCAUGCAUCAACCUCGACCCCAGAAAGCUGUGUCAGUUGCUGACAUCGAGUCGCCCGCAACACUGUCUUUCAAUCCUCCGCAGCAAGAUCAACAGCCUUUCCACCAGCAGGUUCCAGUCCAAGUCAACGGAAAUAACUAUAAGCAUGAUAAUAUGCUUCACUCGCGAAAUCCAUCAUAUCCUAGCCAGGCUUCUACAGGGACACCUUUGUCACAGAUCCCAGAACGUGCUAUCCACGCUCAGCCAUUCCAGCCAAAUCCAUAUCAACAACAAACUCCGAACUUCUACUCUCCAGCACCCUACAUGCCUGCACCUCAAGGUUACUAUUAUCCGCCAAGCUACAACCAACCAGGAGCUGCACCGCAAUUUGUUCAACCGCAACCACAGCAGCAAGCUCCUUUCUCUCAACCUAAUCAACAACCUGAUACUACCAACCUAGUGGCUCAAGAAGUCAACGGCAUGGUAUACUACUACGAUGCUGCGCAAAUCCCGGCUGUUGCAACUUUCCCCACCUACCAAGCCCCUCCCUCAUAUUCGAUGCAGCAGGUUGGCGGAGUCGUCGGAAUGGGUGGCAUGAUGACCCCGAGCCCCGAUGGCUUCUACUAUCCCCAAGCCCCACAGCAAGGUGUCGUCUACUACCCGCAGUAA